AUGGAACAAUCCGGACAUUAUUCAAACAACUGCACCAACAACUUGUCAAACCCAGAUAUCAAUGAUUUUUUGAAGUUUCUGUAAGUCUAAUAGGGACAUUCGUGAGGGAAUAGAAAUUAAAAUUUUUAUAGGCGAUCGAUUGUUGAUAAACUAGUAUAUCUGACAUCGCUUAUCUAAAUUUGUAACUAUUUGUUCACACUAGAAUUGCUCUUGAAAUGCAUGAACCUGUUUCUAAAAUGUAUUCUCGACCGCUUAAUAUACCAUUAUAAUAUCACAUUAAUCUAACACGAAUCUAAAUUUGCUUUAUCGUAUAUACAGGAAUGAACCAUAUACAGAACCGGCACUCCCAUAUUAUUUCGACUGCGACUACUUAGAGGAACCCAACAUUCAGGUAAUUAUUUUUUUUAAAUAUAAGUAUAGGAGGGUGAACGUUUUAUGACUUAAGUUUAAAGUUUAAGUUAAUUUAAGUUAAUUUAAACACAUUGUCAUUGAAAACACUUCGUCACAUAAAUCAUUAUUGUACUUUAUUUUACAUAAUAUUUAGUCGACGUCGCAGAAAGAUACGUUAUAAGGCUUUGCAACACGUAUUUCCUUGACCCUUAUUUAAAUCUUCUAUUCCCAUUGGUUCCUUGAAACGUGCAUAUCUAUUCUACUAUUAUAUACAAUAUCAAAUGUAAAUAAUAAUAAUAUGUAUUAUGUAUUUUAUAGAUGAGCACGACGACAAGAAAUAAUCAACUAAGUUCGGCAAAUGCACUGCAGCAAAAUCCAUUGCCCAGUAAAUAUUUUUAUUAUUAUACUAUAAAUUCAUAAUAAAUAUCAAAGUAUACAAUAAGAUUUAAUAAUAUGCGAUAAUUGUAUUCGCUAUAUCAAUUUUUCCAAGCAAUAUAAUAAUAAUUUAUAUAUUAGUAUAGAAAAAUAUAUGAUACGAAAUACUAAAAAAAAAAAAACCCAUUUUUAAUUGACAUAAUAAUAUAAUAUACUGAUUGUUAGCGAAACGAAAAUAUACCCAACAUAAAUGUAGUACUUUGUAUAAUAAAACAAUAAUUAAUAAAAAAAAAAAAGAGCUGAUACUGAAGUUGGGUGCGGCCACAGUUGUAGGUGGGUAGAUAGUGGACAAGUUGGAUACAUAAAGUUAAUUAUUUAAACCUGCAGACAACCAUUGCUAACGAAAAAUGAAUCGGAGCGAAGUUCGGUUAUAUAUGUUUUAAAGGCCAUAAUAUUUAUGAUUUUUGCCAAAAUUUGAAUUUAAAAAUCUAAUAGAAAAAAAAAAAAAUUACUGCAUUAACUAAUUUUUUUUUUUUGGACCACCAAGUACAACAUAAAAUGAACCUUGUAUCAAAUUUUUAAGUAUUUCUGUCAAGUUUAAAAAUUUAUCUACAGAGCACGUACCAAAUAAAAAUUACGUAAAUAAUUUGAAAAACUAAAAUGUCUUUAAAUAAUUAAAAUGUUUCGAAAGUUUUACCACGUUUGAAAAAAGCAUAUAUACGUUUUUUGUCAAAAUUUCAAGUCUUUACGAAUAUUUUUAACUAAAUUACGUACAUAACGAAAACAAAAUUUAAAAGAAUUUUCUUCUUUUAAAAAACAUUUUUCUCUCAAUUAUUAAAAAAACUACAAACAAAAUUAACUUUCUUGGUUACCAACUAGAUUAAAAAUUCAACAAAAAGGGUGUUUGUCGUGUUCUAUUGGAGCAAUGUUUUUUUGUGGAAAGCAUAAGCCAUAAAGAUUUAAAAUAAUAAAAUUGUGCUGUAAUUUUAAAAAUUCGUAGGUAUAUUCGUCUUUUUUGGUUUUUCUCAAUAAUAAUGAGAAAUACUUUAAAUACCAAAAAACGGUGUUCUCCGUCAGUAACUGUAUAUAAAAAUCGAUCUCAUGUCAUUUUUCAAUUAAAGUAUAUUUCUGGUAGAAAACUUAAGUUUAACAUAAUUAAAACAAUGAAAACGGUACUCCGUGGCGUGCCGUAAAUAUUUACCGUUUUAUCUAUAAUAUUCUUUCGAUUUUUCCUAAUUAUUUCGAAAACUAUAUGGGAAAUCAAAAAAUGACCUACCUAAUGCACUAACUAGAGAACAUUUUCAAAAAAGGUGCUAUUCUUCGGAGCAAGUUUUUUAGUAGAAAAGUUGUUUACAGACAGACAAAAGAAAAAAUGUAUGUUGUUAACAUUUUGUUAGACCUAUAAAAAGUUGGAAAAUUUGAAAGAAAGCAGAUUGCUUUUCGUUAUGAACAAAAAAGUGAAGUAAUUUCACAAUUUCACAAUGACAAUUUAAAUUCCGAUUUAAUCGCAGAAUGUAUUGGUUUUACUAAAACGUGUGCUUAUUUUUUUUACGUGCAAACAACUUUAUAGCUCCCUAAAUUUAGCAUCAAUCAAAAAAUGACAUGAUAUCUUAUGUUUCGCAGAGUUAUUGUUUUAGCAGAUAAUUUUUUGAUAUUUUUUUCAGUUUUCAUAAUAAUUAGGAAAAACCAUAAGACAACAUAAUUAACAAAUUAACAAAUUUACGGCAAAAAAGCUUCAUUAUUUUUGAUUUUUUUAGGUUUGUUUUUACCAAAAUUCUUUUUUCAAAUUUCAGAAAGAUAUAUUUGAGUCAUUAGUACAUAAAAAUGUCGUUUUCGUUAAUCGGUGUAGUUUUUUAGUAAUUGGGAAAAAAAUAAAAGUUUGCAACAUUACCGAUCUUAUUAUUUUCGGUUUUGUUUUUUUUGUUGUAAAUUAGUGAAAAAUAAUCGUAAUGACCAGAAAUUUUCGAAAAAUACUUAUAUUAGCCUCUCCCAGAUACUCUAAUUUUAUGAAUUUUAAGUUAUUUAUAUACUAUUCAUUUGACGAUUUCGAGUUUUAUUUGUUUUUGUUUAUUUUAUUAUGUGGAUUAAUUGAUCUGGUUAUGCUUGACAUUUUACACAAGGUUUAUUAUAAUUUAAAUACGUGUCUUAUGAUCAAAAAUAUAAAAAAUGUAUAAAAUCUACCGGUUUUUUAUAUAAGCGUUUAAAGUUCAAAUUUAACGGGAAUCGUAAAAUAUACAGCAUUUAAAAACACGUAGCUAUUGCUAAUCGUCAUUUGGAAUUGUUUGGUUAGCUUUAGUUUAUCAUUGCGUAUAUAAAUUAAAUAACUUUAUUAACUUUAUGUAUCCUAUCUUUCUAAUUUAGAACCUACAAUUGUGACACACUCAUACACAGUAUCAGCUCUAUUUUUAUUUAAAACGUUUGAAAUUAAAAUAUUUAACAAAACCCUUAUCAUCUAAUCAAAAAUAUUGAAUGACUGUAAUAUUAAUAAUAUAUAUUAUCUUGUUAUAGAUGAUAUAACUCCAUACACUCAAGAGCAACAAAAUCCUACUUCCUACGUUUAUCAAACUCCAGUUCAACAAACUCCUUCGUAUUAUCCAGGAACGUCAUACUCUUUAAACUCUCCAGUACCUCAAACACAAACUCCUUCGUAUUAUCCAGCAGAAACAUACUCUUUAAACUCUCCGAUACCUCAAACACAAAUUCCUUAUUAUUAUCCAGCAGAAACACAGUAUUUAAAUACUCCAAUACCUCAAACACAAACUCCUUCGUAUUAUUCAACAGAAUUACCCUCUUUAAAUACUCCAGUGCCACAUACACAAACUCCAAUGUAUAACCCAACAGAAAUGUAUUCUUUACACACUCCAAUGCAACAAACACAAACUCCAGUGUAUAACCCAACAGAAGCGUACUCUUCAAGUACUCCAAUUCCAGAAACACAAACUCCUUUAUAUUACCCAACAGAAAAGUACGCUUUAAACACUCCAAUACCACAAACACAAACUCCUUUCUUUUACCCAGCAGAAAUGUAUACUUUAAAUACCCCAAUGCCACAAAUACAAACUCCAGUGUAUGAAAAAGUUGUCACUCAAAAGCCACAAACCCGGAGAAAUACUUCAGUACGAACACAGCGAACACCGAGAUCCAUCCAUCAUCACACUUCAGACAUCCCUUGGAGAAAUUCAGAGAACUAUUUUUCAGAAAAUUAUACUAAACAGAAACAUGUAUACGCGCCAAUUGUCCUGAAUAAUACUCAAUUUAAUAAAGAGAAAAGGUACGUGUACAACACAAUUCAUGAUAACAUAGCUUACCUAAUAAUUAAUAUUGUUAUUAAUUACGAUAACUUCGCGUAUAAAAUAUAAUUUUAAUUAGUUUUAAUCUAUUUACUGUUAUCAGGAUUUGGGAUUUAUAUAGCAUUUAAAAUAAACAGAAAAAGACUAUCAGCCUCCCAAAAAAGUUUUUUUUCAGUGGGCAUCUUUUCUACCAGGAAUUUUACUCCAUUUUACAAUGAUAGCAUCAUCUCUAAAAGAAAAUCCGACUGGGAUGGUAUUUUAGGGAGUUCAUUUUUUAAUUUUUCUAGGAGUUUCCCAAAUAAAUGGGGAAAACCAGGAAAAAUGGGAAAAUAGGUACAAUAUUAAACAAAUAUUACUAAGGAAAAUAUAUAAUGCAUAAAAGUAACUAUUUUUACCAUUAUAUGACAUAUAUAUUGUUGACAAAUCAACACUAUCAACCAAACACCGCUCAGAAUCGUUUUUCGUUAGCAAUGGUUUAUCGUUGCUUACAGAUAUACAUUAAAUUUACCCUCUACUACCUUCCCAACUUCUCACUUAUAACAGCGGCUGCACCUGUCCUCAUUAUCCUAAGACAACUUUUUAAAAUUAUAUUCAUAUUUUAAUCUAGCCCGUUGUUAUAUUUUAUGUUAGAAUUAGAGGUUUUUUUUUUUUGAAGUAAUAACAUUUUUGUUGAAUUACAAUAUGAACUUCACCAUGUUGUUGUGGACGGAAGGUGUUUUUUUUUUUAGCUUUGAUGCUUUUUACAUACCUACAACGAUCCAAAUAAAGCUAGAGAAAUGAAAUAUAUUUGUACAUGCAUAGUAAAUGCAGUGUGAAAGAUGUGAUUUUUGGGAGUUUCGAUUUACAACCCAUUCUUCAGCCAUAGAAUAAUUGGGAAUAUAUAGGAUAUGCAUAAAAUCGUUUGAUCUAUAUCAGUAUGCAACUGUAAUAUUGCAAACGAAACAUGACUCUGGACGAAGUUCGGUCUAGCAUAUUUUCAAAUGACAUGAUUUAUACGAUUUUCGGUAAAAUUUUAGCGUGUAAUGUUAUUUACGAUAGUACGAUACUAAUGUAUAUAUUAUCAACAUGAUCGUUGAAAGAAAUAUAAAAUAUUACGUUUUUGUAAUAUAUUGCUUUUGUAAAAUAUUUGUUUUUUUUUUUUAUUAUUAUUAUUCAAUAGUGUAAACUAAAUUGCGGAUAUAUCCUAGUUCUGGGGGGAGGGCAAUUUUCAAAUACACAGAGGUUAUGGGGUUUAUUUACUGUGUAAACUCGAUUCAAUAUAAUAUAUAGACGACGGUGUUUAUAAGUUCUCCACGGUAAACGUAGAUGAGAAUUUAAUAUAUAUCUGUACGCAACAAUAAAAUAUUACUAACGAAAAACAAUUCUGAGCGGUGUUUGGCUAUACAUAUUUCGAAAGGCCAUAAUAUUUAUAUUUUUCGUCAACAUUUUAUAUGAAAAUUCGUAUAAUUGUACAUGCACUCAAUUGUUUUUUUUAUUUAUCCCUAAAGAAGAACUUAAAUUGAACCGCCUGUUUUCAUUUUAAUCUAAAAAUUUUAUCCACAGAGUACCUGCCGAAAAAAAAUUACUUCAAAAACUCGCAAAAUUCAAAUUUCUGUAAAAAUUCCAAAAAUGGCUAAAAUAUUUUAAAAAUUUCACCAUGUCUAAGAAAGACAAAUAUAAUUUGUAUGUCUAAAUUUUAAAUUUAUAUGAAUAUUUUUAACUAAAAUACAACAAAAUUAAAAAUAAUAAAUUUCGUAAAAUACAGUUUAUCUUAAGUUUUUUCCUAGUUAUUCUCAGUUAUUAUGAAAACCAUAUAGAAAAUUAAAUAAAUUACAUUCUUAAAAUACCACCCAAGUAUAUUUUAACUUAACCACUUUCUGCAUGAAUUGCAAAUCAAUAAAUAAUAUAUGUAUAGAUUCGUAGUCUGUUUGUAAUACUGAUAUAAUUAAUUUUAAUUCCUGGUUUUAUAUUUUCAGAAAUCUUCAAACUUCUUCAUGCCCAACUCCAGGUUGUGAUGGAAUGGGUAACAAAAAUAAAAAAUAUAAGACUCACAGAUCGAAAUCUGGCUGCCCUCGUAAAAAUUAA